CAUGAGCGUCAGUGCGGCUCUCGCAGAAUCUUUAAUGAAGAGAAAUUCGAAAGCUUCUACUGCUACAGUUAGGCAAAGGCGUCUAAAAACGAAUAUUCAAGUAAAUAGUCAAGGUUUCAUUUCUUUGGACAUUUCAAAGAGGGAUCUAAGAAAGUUGCCAUCGGAAUUAUUUCGUUUCGCAAGAUUGGAACAUCUAAAUUUGAGUGACAACAAGCUCAGCAAUUUACCAUCAGAUUUUUCGAUAUUCUAUAGAUUAAAAAUUUUGCAGUUGGAUCAUAAUAUUCUUAAUAUAAUUCCCUAUCCAGUUACCCAAUGUUCUCAUCUUAUAGAAUUGGAUAGGCUCAAGCAGCUCCAUCUAGCGAAUAAUAAAUUUGAACAUAUUCCACCAAGUGUGUGUACCCUUGUAAAUUUGGAAGGAAUAAGCUUUAAGGCAAACAGGCUAUUAACUUUGCCUUCCUCCUUUGAAAAUCUUACUAAAUUACAGCAUGUAAGUUUGGCCGAGAAUGAGUUUGAGAGUAUGCCACAUGCAAUUAGUUGCCUGAAAUCGUUACGUGGUUUAGAUUUAACGAAGAAUAAACUUCGAUCUCUUCCAUCUAGAAUAGCUCGCCUGAAGCAUCUUAAGGUAUUAUUAAUAUCAAAUAAUAGACUACAAUCGUUGCCGAACGGCUUGGAAAAUAUCGAGAGAUUGGCGGCUGCUAAUAACUAUCUAAAUAGUAGCCAAACAAAUAUCCAUUCAAUGAAUAAAUUAACCCAUCUGGACUUGAGUAAUAAUUCAUUAGCUGCCUUACCAAGGGGUCUCUUUAGAUGUCUUAAAUUAAUAGAUCUAAGAUUGAAACAAAACAAAUUAACAUAUCUUCCUCAAGAAAUUACAGUUUUAAACAAUUUAGAAGUAUUGGAUGUAUCUCAGAAUCGAAUAACAUUACAACCUUUAAUUAUUGACCAACUAACUUCCUUAAAAUCUUUUGAUUUAAGAGGGAAUCCUAUAGAAAAUCAGCAAAAUACAACUCGACGAAGUCGUUCUGAGUUUAUUCAAAGUAAAUCGCCAGAAGCUGAUAGUGACUAUAAUAGUGCUAUUAACUAUGAUUCGGAAAGAGCUUCUUUAUCACCUAUUCAUCAAACUCCUGCCACACCUUCGAUUCAUUCACCAACUAUUCAGAAGCCGCAAAGUCGUCCGAGAACCCCCGUUCAAUAUGCUCAUGACACAUCGCUCCAUAUUUGGCGACCAGUAUCUCAAAAAUCUUCGCCGAGUUCUUACACUAGAGAAUGGUUAGUGGCUGAUGAAUUAAGUAGGAGAAGUACAGUUGUAAAUGUUGGUGAAAGUGUUCCAGAUCCAUCAGAUGUUAGUUUAAACACUGAAGAUCAAUUGGCUAAGGUUGUUAAAAGUAUGGAAAAUAUGUUAAAAGAACAUGAAUCAUCUCCUCCACCCAGAACAGGAAUUUUUCGGAAAAGUAUAAACAAGACAAAUACGCUAAGGACAUUAAGAGGUCUUUCAGAAUCGCCUCAGCACUCCGAUCACAGUCAUAACACUCCUACAGAUUUCAGGGCAUCUUUAAGAUAUGAGAUUGAAACCACUCUAGAGGAUUCGAUAUCUGGCGUUAUGGUACUUUCUCCGUUAGAAUCUUUCUGGCUUACACCUUCAGGUGGAGUUUUCCACUCUCAAACCGAUAGUCAUGUAAGUCUAACAGUACCACCAGGAGCAGUUGAUAGGCCUAGUAUGGUCAGUGUGCAAAUUGAAACACCAAACACCAAAGAAUUCGAUAGGUUAAAAAUAACAAAACCAUCUAUUGCUAAUAUUAUCUGGAUGAGUAGUGUAGUUCAUGUUGCAACUAGUGGAGAGUUAGAGUUUAACGAUAGAGUUACCUUAACUCUUCAAGCACCUCCGUCUGAGAUAAAUGGUAGAUUGCAUGUAAUUAGUAUAAUCUCUGGACGAAUGUGCUGUAUACCAUACGAGGGAGCAAUAAUGGAUGUAAAAGGUAGGCUCAAUAUACAGUUAUGGACUGCAAAAGCAAAUUUGGCAGCUUUAGUAACACAAUCUAAAUGUAAAUAUAAAGCUUGUAAAAGUUUGGAAGCUCUAUUACAUCCAUACUCUUUAUAA